AUGUCGGGUGAGGUCCUCAAGGCCGAGAAGGACUUCACCAAGGAAGUCGACAAGGCGAUCCCGGAAGCCGAGUCCCUUGCCAAGAGCAACCUUCAAGCCGCCAUCGAAAAGCUCCUUGCGCUCGAGAAGCAGACCCGUCAAUCCUCAGAUCUCGCAUCCACAUCCCGCCUCAUUGUCACCAUUGUCACAUUAUGCAAGGAUAAGGGAGAAUGGGGUCAGUUGAACGAGCAGAUCCUGCUGCUCUCCAAGAAGCAUGGCCAGCUCAAACAGGCCGUCACCAAGAUGGUUCAGGUUGUCAUGGGCUUCUUGGACGCCGCACCGAACCUGGAGACGAAGCUCUCCGUCAUCGAAACCCUGAGAACCGUCACCGAGGGCAAGAUCUUCGUUGAAGUCGAGCGCGCCCGUGUCACCCGCAUUCUUUCCGACAUCAAGAAGCAGCAAGGCGACGUCAAGGCUGCUUGCGAUAUCCUGUGCGAGUUGCAAGUCGAAACCUUCGGUUCCAUGACCCGUCGGGAGAAGACCGAGUUCAUUCUUGAGCAGGUGGCGCUGUGCAUAGAGAAGGGCGACUGGACCUCGGCCGGUAUCCUGAGCCGGAAGAUCAGCACAAGAUACUUCGCGAGGAAGCCCAAGAAGUCCCCGGAGCAGCUGGAGAAGGAGCAAAAGGAACGCGAGGAGGCCGAGAAGAACAGGAGCGCUGACGACCCUCCGAUCGAGCCGCUGGAUGAUGUCACCGACCUCAAGCUGCGCUACUACGAGCAGCAGAUUCUCUUGGCCAAGCAUGAUGACAAGUAUCUGGACGUGUGCAAGCACUACAGGCAAGUCUUGGACACUGAGGCCGUUGAGGAGGAUUCAACGAAGCUCAAGGCGGUACUUCAACGCGUCAUUUACUUCGUCAUCCUCGCCCCCCACGACAACGAGCAAUCCGACCUCCUCCACCGCAUCCACCGCGACUCACGCAAUGCACAAAUACCCGUUGAGGCCCAGCUGCUUAAGCUGUUCACCAUUCCGGAGCUCAACAGGUGGCCUGUCACUUCCGAGCAAUUUGGCAAGCAGUUGUGCUCCACGGAUAUCUUCGACGCACAGGCUGGCCAGGAUCCCAAGGCAUACCAGCGUUGGCAGGACUUGCGGAAGCGUGUCAUCGAGCACAACGUCCGGGUUGUGGCCAAGUACUACACGCGCAUCCAGAUUCCCCGCCUCACGCAGCUGCUUGAUCUCUCCGAGGACGAGACUGAGAAGUACAUUGCGGAGCUGGUCACUGCAAAGACCAUCUACGCCAAGAUCGAUCGGCCGGCUCAGAUUGUCAGCUUCGCCAAGCCCCGCGACGCUGACGAUGUCCUCAACGAAUGGAGUGGUAGCAUGAAGAGCCUUUUGGGUCUACUCGAGCGCAUUGAUCACUUGAUCACGAAGGAGGAGAUGAUGGCUAGGAUUCAACCGACAAAGGUGGAGAAGGGAAAGACCAGCAAGGUGCACUAA